GCGGAAAAGUCUUUUACCGCUGAACAAAUCCGUGCAAAGUCCCCGGAUUACGCCCCGCACUUACCUUGCAAGGUAGCUAAUGGCCCCGCCACGGCAGACUAGGGGUUAUAUGACGGUAAUGCUUCGAUAACAAAAACAAAACCAUAUCCUUACGGCGGUUGGCGGUUGGCGGUUGGCGGUCAGUUAUCAGCUCGUUUUAGAGAGAAGUCGUAACGAGAUUCCAAAUUCUACAUUCAGAUUUGAACUCCCUGCGUUUCAAUGUAUGUUGAGGAACUUGUUUGUCCGCAGACUUUACUCUUUACAACCGAGAAGAAUGCUUCAUCAUUUGAUGGUGGGAACUUGGACCCCUCCUGGUGCGAUUUUUACCAUUGAAUUUGAUGAUGAAGCAUUAACUUUGAAAUUGCUCAAGAGAACACCAAUUCCAGAAGAUGAGCCAAUUUCAUGGAUGACUUUUGAUGUAAGUUUAGACUUCUGUCGGAUGGAAGUCUCUUAGUUAUCAGAGCACGCUGAUCGAGUGUUUUGAUUUCUAGCAUGCGAGGAAAAACAUCUAUGGAGCUUCAAUGAAGAAGUGGUCCAGUCAUGCUGUUACGAGUCCUGCAGAAAUUCAACAUAUUACUUCGCAUCCUAUGUCCCAUGACCGUAUGUACCUUCCCCAGUUGAUAUAUCAUUUGAGAAAUUUCCUAACAUCACGAACAGCAUCGGCGGCGAAAUCUGAUACGAGAACAAGAGCAAUUUUCUGCUUAGCAGCAAAGAAGCCACCCUAUCAUGUUUACGGCAAUCCAUUUUACGAGUAUGCUGGACACGGAAAUGUUUUCUCGGUCGAUGAGAAUGGCGCGUUGAAGGAGAACAUCCAAAACUAUGAAUAUAGUCCCGAAUCCGCAAUACAUGGCAUGGUGUUUGACGCAGAAGAAAAUUAUCUUUAUUCUGCAGAUAUGUGGGGGAAUAAAAUAUGGACACAUAAAAAGGAUAGCCAGACGGGUUUGCUUAAAUUGGUGGGAAGUGUAGAUGCGCCCAAGAAGGGAGAUCAUCCUAGAUGGGUUGAGAUACACCCAAAUGGAAAAUAUCUUUAUGCUUUGAAUGAAGCAGGAAAUGAUUUGGCAGUCUAUGUCAUUGAUGAGAAAACCCAUUUGCCAGUAUUUACAAAUAUAACAUACCCAUCAGUACCUCCAGGUAUGCAUUUCCCCCCCCAAAUCACCACACAUUUUGUCCCGCUUAGCAACUAACGCAUAAUGAAUGAUAGGGGUUCCAAAUAUCAAACUUUACCGAUCAGAUGUCGUUUUCAUAUCUCAUAGCGGCAAGUAUCUCUUUGCAACAUCACGAUCGAACGAUUCCAAAGUUACCGGUUACAUAGCAGCUUUCAAACUUGGACCGGCUGGAAAUAUCGAAAGGCAGAUAUGUCUGAAUCCAACACCAACAAGCGGAGGUCACUCAAACGCAGUUAGUCCUUGCCCAUGGAGUGAUGAAUGGUUGGCUUUGACGGAUGAUCAAGAUGGUGGACUUGAAAUUUAUAGAUGGCACCAGGAGUUUUUGUAUAGGGUUGCGAGAAUUGAUAUCCCGGAACCUGGAUUUGGUAUGAAUGCUAUUUGGUAUGAUUAAUAGACAUAGAAAAAAUAGAUAAUAUCGAUCUAGUAUAUAAAUUU